UGUCACAACACCGCCCUGGUGUUUUUGUGUUCCCAGCUCUUGGGAAAAGCCACCCGAUUUCUUUACCUGGUGGUCCUUUACCUUCGGGCGGGGAGAUCCCCAGGUCCCUCUCUUGGACGUCUGGCCACGUAGUGCGGUGACGGGCGUGUGGGGGCUGACGCGGGCGGAGCGAUUGUGAUAAGGUUGACAUUGACCCGGGGGCGGCCAGAAGCGAGACGCAGUCACCAGCGCGCGCAGCAGGCCCCGUCCGGGGAGCCCCCCAACCUGCGGUCCAUCAUGAAGUUCCAGUAUAAAGAGGACCAUCCCUUCGAAUAUCGGAAAAAGGAAGGUGAAAAGAUUAGGAAGAAAUACCCGGACCGGGUGCCGGUCAUCGUGGAGAAGGCUCCUAAAGCCAGGGUCCCUGAUCUGGACAAGAGAAAGUACCUUGUCCCUUCUGACCUCACUGUUGGCCAGUUCUACUUCUUAAUCCGGAAGAGGAUCCACCUGAGACCUGAGGACGCCUUAUUCUUCUUCGUCAACAACACUAUUCCUCCCACGAGUGCUACCAUGGGCCAGCUGUAUGAGAUGUGCCAGCCCACUCAGUAUUCUCAGAAGCUGAUCUGUUGCUCCCUCCACUUGAUCUGAAAGGAUCAUUGAAAAAAAGAAAGAGAAAACUCCGUGGGACACAUCUUGGCAGGCUUGGAAUGAUGGGCUGAGUGGACUCCAGGACUUCAGGCUUCCUUGUGGUCACUGAGCUGUGUGCAAGGGGCUCUCCCUGCCUUGUGAUCUGAUGGGAACUCAGAGUCCACCUGCUGUGUACCUCCAGAAGACCCUUUCUGCAGUCCAGUUCCAAGCAUGGAGUAGUGUCUGACUCAGCACCCAAGUUUCAAGGAAUGGCAGGUGGGGCUUUGCCUCUGCUUGAACACUAGGGCUCUACUGCCCCAGAAGUUAGAUUUUCGUUUUUCCUCACAGCAGGGGUAAUCCAGUAUAGAUUGAUCAAUGGCCCCUUCGUGAGGAAAAAUGAAAGCAGGCUGAACUUGUAGUACAUGAACAACUGCAAUUAGGACUGAUAGAAAGUGAAACUAGUUAGUACACGAACCCCCCCCCAUUUUUAUAAUCCAUAAAAAGACAAGAAAUAAAAUUAUACCGUUACAUGAUUUUCGGGGCAUAUGCAACUAUGAAAACCAAGGGAGCCUCUCAUCCAGGGAUCCCUGCUCCUACUCUGAUUCCCUAAGGACAUUGCAUUAUUAUCCUUGACUUAAAAGACUGUUUUUUCUCUACUCUUUUUCAUCCUGAUAAGGCAUGUUUUGUAUUCUCGGUUCCUACUUUAAAUAGUCAACAGCCAAUAACCCCAUAACAAUGGGAAAUUUUACCACAGGGGAUGAAAUAGCCUCACUAUCUGUCAAUAUUAUGUUGAUAAAGAGCUUAAACCUGGGCUGAUGAAAUGGUCAUUCAUUAUAUGGGUGACAUUCUCUUCUCCUGCUUAUCUAAUCAAUACUUAAAUGACUGCUUAACUUUCAUGGGAAAUAACCCAAGAAGAACAAAAUUUAAACAUAGCUCCAGAUAAAAUUCAAAAACAAUCACUUUGUGAUUAUUUAGGAUAUAUUAUUACUCAACAACAAAUUCACCAUCAUCAUCUCAGCUUAAAACUUCCCAAACAAAGUACCCUAUAUUACUUAUAUGAAAAAACAAAAACAAAACUUUGACCAUGUUAAUUAGGUCUGUUCUUAAUUUACCUGUCUCUACUGAGCAUUUAGUUCUGCUAUUCAAGUUGCUUUCUGGAGAUACCUGGUUAAACACUGUAAGAAUUGUAAAACCUGAAGCAGAGCAAGUUACUAGUUUAUUAAAUUAAGUAAUGCUGCUACUAA